GUGAGAGAAUUUUAGAAGCCCCUCUACCUCUAUUAUAAGCUCUGCCUAGCUCAAUUUCUCUUACUACACCCACCCCCAACAAACAAAAGCUUCCUCCAUGGAAGAGAGUAGCAAUUUAGAGUGUGAGGCUAAAACUACCUCCACCUCUUCCUCUUCGUCCCCUAAUUCAACAAAUGUUUCCACUUCGUCCCCUAAUUUAACAAAUGUUUCUACAGAAUACAGGGCACAAAAAAGUUGUAAGAGAGGUCAUGAAGCCAAAAAUGGUGAUGAAAGUAGGAAAAAGCCAAAGAAUGGAGACGAUGGGAAGCACCCAACAUAUAGGGGCGUAAGAAUACGUCAAUGGGGCAAAUGGGUAUCAGAAAUCAGAGAGCCAAGGAAGAAAUCAAGAAUUUGGCUUGGCACAUUUCCUACACCAGAAAUGGCAGCUCGAGCUCAUGAUGUAGCUGCUCUUACAAUCAAAGGCCAAUCAGCUUUUCUCAAUUUCCCUGAGCUAGCUCAAGUCCUACCCCGACCAGCUAGCUCAUCUCCCAAGGAUAUACAAGUCGCUGCAGCCAAAGCAGCAGCCAUGAACUUCCCUGGAAGCCAUGAAGUCGAACCCGAGCUGGCUCCUCACUCUCCAAGUUCUACCAUGGCCUCCCACGACACUCAAGACUCAUCAACUUCAACAUUGACCGAGAAGGAUGACGCCUUUUUGGGCCUCCCCGAUCUCUUGAUCGAUGUGAACAGUCAAAUUGAUGAGUUUUGUUACUCAUCAACAUGGCAGCUGAUCAAUGGAGCUGAGACUGUGGAUACCUGUCUCCGGCUUGAGGAGCCUUUCUUAUGGGGGUGUUAUUAGAGAUCACGCAGUCACAUACCUAGCCGUGUUUCAAACGUGACAUGUCCAAUUAAUGUACAAAAACUGUUCGCUGAUUAAUUCAAUUUUUUUUGGACAAUGCCCAAUUGAUGAGAGGAAGUUCCAAGUUUAAAUCUGCAGGUUUGGUUUGGUGUAUUGCUACCUAAAGUCAAUGUUUUGGGCUUAGAAUUUGAAAGGGGUGGUUGGUCCUGCCCUCCUUGGUUAAAUUGCACCCUUCAACUGACAGUGAGUCUUAACCUCCAUCUCCCUUUCAUAUUUUUAUGGACGUUGUGACUUGUGAAUAUGAGAUAAAUGACAAGAUCGAUUUUAAUAA